AUGGUUCCGGACCAGCAGCAUCCAGCUUCCGGUUCUCCUGCAGCACAGCCUUUGAGUGGUGCUUUACUCACAUCAGCCGACAAUGUAGAAGAUGUUGCGGCUGGCCUUCGCAUAUUCCGCGAGCCUCUCCCAGAGCAUGCAACAGAGAUUACUAGUAUCAUUGCUGAUCUUUAUUCUAUAUCCCACUCACUAAGAGUUUCUAGUACCAUAUUAGAAAAAGGAAUACACCAACAACAUAUCGCAUCUGCAGAGUCUGACCUAGAACUAGUUUGUACGAGUUUGAAACAAACGCUUGAUGAUAUUUUCGAUUUCUUUGGCGACAUCGACCUUCGCCAAGGAUCGGAUAGGGACAAAUACAAGCGAACGUGGACCGUGAUGUGUAAAUACUUCUACGACGAGUCUCAGACGUCACUUGCAAAUCGUAUGGCUAUGUACAAAGCCUUUCUAGGUGAACUAGCGGAUAUAAGCAAAGAAGGGUUUAUGGAUGCAACGCUGAUGGCCAAACUCCGGAGAUAUAUCGAACCUCUACAAGGCCGCCGGACUUCCCGCUCUGCGCUAGGGUUGGCUCCUACAUCCCCUACGGCUUCCAACCCAUAUGCCCCUGACUCUGUUGAUGGCGAUUCGAAUACAGAUCAACCAGGUUCCGUCAGUAAUCACUGGGUAAAAACAGUUUUUGAAACGAAUAUCUCAUCUACCCCAAUUGCCGAGAUUGGAGAAAGCUCUAAUUGCUUCGGUGAGCCACAAGAUGGCGUGAAGACAUGGCUUCAUGACGAGGGUUUUGAAGAGGCUCUUCAAUUGCCUUUCCCUGGCGAAUGGGAUACCCUUGUUUCAUUUUACGUCCGAGAAAUUGACCACCGUGUACGAAUCGUAUGCGACAGGGUUUCCGUGAAUGAAACUCACGAUUAUCACUGCCUACCGUUGAAUUUGCUUGAAAUUGUUCGCGUUGGCUCCUGUCUUCAGUUGUGUCGGCGCAGGCGUCAAGGGCAGGAACUUGUGCUCUGGCUGAAUCUUAAGUUCACGACAAUUGAAAGCAUGGUUUGUUUUUUCGGCACAUUUUUAGCUCUCCGUAGCCAAGAUCGUGGUCGACCGGUUGAGCACAUCAGAGAUUAUGAGCUGGAUAUGGAGGAUGAGCUAUAUGGAGGCCUAAUAUUUGCCGGAAAAGAUUUACACGCUCUGCGAAUAUUCCAGGACGGCUCUUCUCGGGCUGUACGACUCCAGGCCUCAGUGUAUCAUGGGGAGAUGAAAAAUGUUCCAGUCUGGACAGCCUUUAUCACCCAACAUAUGAAGUCGGAAGGAUGGAUGCGCUUGAUGCCUCCAACUCUCGUUUCAUUGCGCGAAUUACAGAGAGUAAUAUUCACCUUCUCUGACUAUAGUCAGCCACGCACACGGGAUGGGGAGAAUGUAAUACAAUUUACAACAGAAGCUGAUGCGCAGGGAUUUGUGGAUGUCAUUAUAGAACUCUCAAAAGCUUAG